AUGAUGAAGACGAAUACAUGUGCGAUCGCGAUCCGCGCAACUACAAGAUUGGGUCUUGCGCCCCGGCUCCAACCUCUGCCACUCCAGCGAAGCUACGCGACCCAGUAUGGUCUCGGAACGACCUCGACGACCAGCUCGAAACGGAAGAAAGUUACGCCAUUCAACGACAACGGUUCAGUCCCUUGGUCGCAACUCUCUGGGGGAGAAAAGGCAGCUAGGGCGACACAGCAGACCUUCAACUUUGGGUUGAUUCUGGCUGGUAUCGCAGGCGGAGUGGCGUAUGUUCUGUGGACAGAUGUUUUCUCGCCGGACAGUAAAACGGCCAUUUUUAACCGAGUUGUCGACAAGAUCAAAGCCGACCCAAAAUGCAUCGAAAUGCUGGGAGACUCGAAGAAGAUCGUUUGCCAUGGCGAAGAAACGUAUAACAAGUGGCGGCGAGCUCGUCCCAUCGCCUCGACGACCAACACGGAUUCGCGAGGUCAUGAGCAUAUGCUGAUGCACUUCCAUGUCGAGGGACCGCUCAACAGGGGCGUGGUUUACCUGCACAUGAUCAAGACACCCAGCUCCGGCGAGUUUGAAUACAAGUAUCUGUAUGUUGAUGUCAGGGGACAUCAGAGACACUACCUCGAAAACGCAGACACUGCGACAGGUUCCGGAAAGAAAGGCGUCCGGUUUCUGGGCAUCAAUUGGGGAUGA